UCUUGAGGAAAUGGAACCCUUGGAAGAAACAGUGGCCUCAGCAAAAAGAAAUGAGCUUGAGGAUUUGGGGCUUCAAGAGGAACCAGCAUAUUUUAAUCCUCUCCUGAGGGCUGCCUUAAGAGGUGAUGUAGAAGAAGUACAACAGAUUUUUGAGGACUUGGAGGAUCCUGAUCAUGAAAAAGCCAACAAGUUCUUAAUGGAAAAGGAUAUUAUAGGGAGAAACCUACUAUUUCCAACAUGCAUGGUUGGUCAGAGUGACAUUAUCCAGUCCCUGGCAAGAUAUGGGGUUGACCUGAAGGACAAGACAGCCAGAGGUUAUACACUUCUUCACUGUGCUGCAGCUUGGGGUCAACUAGACACACUGAAAACUCUGGUAGAGCUGGAAGCUGACAUUUAUGCAACUACAUUCCGGGGUGAAAAGGCUAGAGAUAUUGCAAAUCGAUAUAAGCAAACAGAGUGUGUUGAAUUCUUGGAUUGGGCAGAGGCCAAGCAGAAUUUACGCAGUUUUAUUUCCCAAAUCCAGGCAACAGUCACAGAUCCUGAGAAAGUGCAAGGAAGGCUUAAUAAAGAAGAUAAGACAACCUCCAUCAAGGCCUGUCAGGCCAAGUUGGAUUGGCUUGAAAAUACUAAAGAUCCUACUACACAAGAAUUUAUUGAUCAGAAACAGCAGUUGGAGGAUAUAAUGCUUCCUAUCUUCAUAAAGUUGGCUGCACCACGUUACAGGAUAGUUAUGAUCUGCAAGCAGUUUCCUACUCUAUACAUUCACUAUUCUCAAAUUCCACAAAAUUCAGGACUGCAAAAGGAAAUACAUCCUUCAAAUAUACAUUUGUAGAUUGCAUAACUGAUUGGGUGGGCAAGAAUCCGCUGUCAAAAAACCCUGAAUGCUUUUUGGAAAGCAACUUUUCAAGCAUAUGUGCCUGCAAACUUCUGCUGUAAGCAAGUUCCUGAAUAUUGGCUUAAGAGUUGGGAGAGCCGAGAUUUAUUGUCAUGCCUGGUGUGAAGACUGAUACGUCAGAUGUGAAUGUAUCAACAUAAAUUAAAUUCACUUUUCUGUAAAGAGAAUAGCAAUCAAAACAGUUCCACAUUUCUAGUUUCUCUGUCUAAACAAAAUGGAAGAAUGCACAGGUGGAUAACUCUUUUCCCCCAAGGUCUGACUUACUGUGCAGUGUGGCAAAUGUAAACAACAGUGGCAAAAGACUCCUUCCCUAAACCUCAAGACAAAGUAGAAAGACCCAAUUCUCUCCAAGAUGCUUUAUGCCAGCCAGAGGAUUUGGUGGAAUGAGAGGAAAUGGUUUGCGAGGCUGGCCAGUAAAAAAUGUAAACGUUUCUGGACUCCUGAAACUUGGAUUUGUUAAUCCCUUAUCUAUCUAUCUAUCUAUCUAUCUAUCUAUCUAUCUAUCUAUCUAUCUAUCUAUCUAUCUAUCUAUCUAUAUUUUUUAUCACCGCCUAUCUCCCCCACAUGGGGGACCCUAGGUGGUUCACAAUAAAAACAAUUUAAAAUUCAAUAAAGUCAUAAAUAAUACCAGUAAUCAAUAAAUGUAAAAUGCAAUGAAAUCCAAGUAACGGCUGAUUUAAUUCAGCCCAUAAAGGGGUAAGACUGGUCCCGGCAGAACUAGGGAACCAACCAGCCCCAAGAAUGGCUCUUCCUCUCCCCACUCCAGGCAAGGUGGCAAAACCAGGUCUUCAGCUGUUUUCUGAAGGCCAGGAGGGAGGGGGCUAACCUCACUUCCAGGGGAAGGAUGUUCCAAAGGGUGGGAGCUGCUGCAAAGAAGGCCCGCCUCCUGGACCCCGCCAGAUGGAAUUCUCUUAUGGACGGGGUCUGUAGCAUGCCCUGUCUGCAUGACCGGGUGGGAUGUGUCGAUGAAACGGGGAUGAGACGGUCCCUCAGGUAACCUGUCCCCAUGCCAUGUAGGGCUUUAAAGGUGAUAACCAACACCUUGAAUUGGACCCAGAAGCAAACUGGCACCCAAUGCAGAUCACGGAGCAGAGGAGUUAUAUGUGCCAAUCUUGAAGCACCUAAAAUCACCCACGCAGCUGCAUUUUGGAUCAGCUGUAGCUUCCGGAUAGUCUUCAAGGGUAGCCCCAUGUAGAGCGCAUUAGUCUAUAUGGGAGAUGACCACGAUGUGAGUGACUGUUCGAAGGGCCUCUCGCCCUUUUUUGUUGGAUUCUAAUCUAUAAGAACAUUCCAGAGUUUCAUAUAAAAUAGUUUAUUAUAUAAGAAAUCAGUUUAGAGAUAAUAUGC